AUGAUAUUUUUAAUAUAUUUUCAAAUCUUUUCAAUUAUUAGAAUAUUAAUUCAUUCAUGGUUAGUUUAUAUAUUUAUCAAUAUUUCAAUCAACUAUGUCAUUGAAUUGAUUGGAUUGUUUAAUAGAUCUAGAAACAAUCUUUCAAUUUAUCAGAGAAUCAAGAAUGUAUUGUCAUCAUUGUUUGAAUUACAAAAUUCAACUUUAAUGUUAAAUACAGUGAUGUUGGUUUCAAGGUUAAUAUGUUUUUGUUUAAUCUAUCCACUUCAAAUGGCAGGAUACCAUGUUUUACAGUAUCCAUCAUUAUACAUAAAUAUGAUUCAUAUUGGUACGGUAGCUAUUACACUAGUUUGGUGUGAUAUAGGUGCAUUUUGUACAUUUAUAUCUUUGGGUUGGCUAUUUGAAUGCUUUUUGUUGGUUCGUUAUGAAAGGUUGAUUAGACCAUUGGUGCUUUUUAUCUGUAUCAUCAUCUCUUAUGUAUUUAGAGAUACAUCAUAUUAUAUUCUUACACCAACGAUUUUCAUCUCCAUUCAAUUGAUUCUAUUUUGUGUCAUUCUAAACAACAAACAAGCUCCACAAAGAAAUCAUGAAAUUUUUGAAUCAAAAUUAUCAACUCUUCCAAAAUAUAUGGUAUUUUGUGUUAUAUUAACAUUGAUAAGAAGAUGGUCAAUGCCACAAUUAGAUCAAAGAACACUUAAUUACAAAAUUUAUAGUGAUACAUGGGCAAUGAUUUUGGAAAUGGUUCAUAAAAAGGUGGUCGUCCCUCCUCCUCCUUCACCUGUACCUCUUCCACCUCCCGAGCAAAGUGAUGAACCAAUGGAUGAAAAUGGAAAUGAAAUUUUGGAGGAGGAUGAGGAGGAUGACACUCUUUAUAAUCAACCAAUUAUAUCUGAUCAGCCUCAUAUAAUGCAAUAUGCUGCUAAAAAUUUACAAAGAAAUAGAAAAUCAUUAUUAUGA